AUGGUAUAUCUACCAGAGCCCCUCCCGGAGCCCUCAACAUCCGUUCUCAAACGGCCCGUAACGACCUACUCGUCCCUCCCCGAGCUCUCGAAACCGUUCUACAUCGACCCCGCUCAAAGAAGUUACAAGCACCAGUAUGCCAAUAUCUACUUUGUCCGGCUCGUAGAGCUCCGGCCUAUCGUCGAGCAAAGAGCUGGGGAACGAUGGUCUCAUGUCAGAGGCAAACCACCAUUAUUACCCAGAAUCCUCAAUCUCCAAAGAGGACAGCUGUGCUAUAUCGUCGGAACGACGUAUAUGGACAUGCCGCUCAAGCCGAAUGUGCUGGAGGAUAUGGCCAGAGAUCACUGGAUAGCUGUCCCUGCUGCUCGACCCAAAUUCUACUCUGCGCAGGAUGCUGUACAGCUCGAAGACGAGUCGGGGCGUGUACGGCUUGUGGGAGAGAAGAUGAAGCGGGAAAGGGAUAGAGAAGGGGGAGGUCUAGUCACAGGCGUGAUCAUGGCUGUACUCGGGAUGGAGACCUCCUCAGGCGAUUUUGAAGUCAUAGACCUCUGCUUUGCCGGACUGCCAGAGAUAUACCGCCCUCCGAGCGAUGCGCCAUAUCUCAACGGGAAGGGCAAAUCGAAGGCCAAGGAGGAAGCUAUGGAGGUCGACGUAGCAAAUGGGUCAAGCGAGAAGACCUGGGUCGCUGUCGUUUCGGGCCUGUCUGUCGGCGCACAGGAAGCACUGGCGGAUAUCAAGGUGCAGAUGCUGGUGGAUUGGCUGAGAGGAGAGAGUGCUGGACCUAGCGAUCUGAUUGAUGGAUCUCGGAUAGCUCGGCUCGUCCUCGCUGGUAAUUCACUAUCAAAUCCCGUAAAAGGCGAAGAUGAUCGCCAAAUAAAACGCUUCAACGCGACCUCGAAACCCGUCUACUCUUCCCAUCCCACCCGCACCCUCGCCCUUGUCCUCUCCGACCUCCUCUCCUCUUCACUACCCAUCAAUGUCGUCCCCGGUCCCGCCGACCCCGCGGGCGCCACCCUGCCUCAACAGCCAUUACCAAAAGUCAUGAUUGGCGGGAAGAGGGAGGGGCUGGAGAGUGGGACGAACCCAUCUUGGAGCGAAAUAGGAGGAAGGAGCUUCUUGACGACGGGGGGACAAACAGUGGACGAUAUUUUCAAAUACCUCCCUUCUUCCUCCAGGCUCGGUAUGGCCAGGCGGACGUUAGAAUGGCGGCAUAUCGCCCCUACUGCGCCAGAUACCUUAUGGAUCUACCCCUUCCCAGACGCAGACCCAUUUAUCAUCCAACAUCGACCAGAUGUUUACAUACUAGGUAAUCAACCAGAGUAUGAGACGGCCCUGACGGGCGGCGAUGAGGAUCCAACGAGGAUUAUUCUGGUGCCUUCUUUUGCAAAGACGGGGGUGGUGGUUCUUGUUUGUUUGGAGACUUUGGAAGUCAAGACGGUGGGCUUUGAGGCGCCGGGGUGGAAGGGGGAGGAGAAGAAGGAAGAAGCGGAUGAAUGA